AUGAGCGAACCAUGGUUGAGAGACAAAGAAGGAGCUUGGAUCCCUUCACCACAAAAUUCAGGUGUGCAUAAUAUUACAGUUAAUGAACUCUUGAUACCAAAUGUGAAGGUGCGGGAUAAGGAAAAAAUUAAGUCUUUAUUUCCUAUGCAUAUUACUAACCGUAUCCUUGAAAUUCCAUUAUUUGACAUGGUAAAGGAAGACAAGUUGUAUUGGGUUGAUAGUGUUCAUGGGCAAUAUAGUGUAAGAAGUGGGCAAGUAGUUGGCUCGGUUAACCAAGAGGAUUGGACAAACCUAUGGAAAAUUCAUGCUCCUCCAAAGGCCAAACAUCUUCUGUGGAGAAUAUGCAGGGGCUGCAACUAUAGUAUCCAAGCUAUACAAUCUGCGGGCCUGGAGCACAUUAUAUUGUCACGGAUUCAGCAGUUUUGUAGUGUGCAAGCUGUGAUUCAUGACAUAUGUUCUGUCGAGGAUAAUGAUACAGCAGGAACCUUUGCAAUGUUAGUCUGGGUGCUGUGGAACAAUAGGAAUAAUAGUGUGUGGAACAGCUCGAAGGAACCGGGACGAAGCUUGGGUUUUAAAACAAGGCAAUUAUGGAAUGAUUGGCAUGCUAUGCAACAGGUACAGCAGAAUGCACGCCAGAUAACACAGAUGCAGCAACAUAUAACAUGGCAGAAGCCACCUCACAAUUGGUACAAAUGCAAUGUUGAUGCGGGAUUUCACAAAAAUGUCAACAAAACAAGUACAGGCUGGUGUUUGCGUGACCACCGGGGAGUUUUUGUCGCGGCUGGAACCAAUUGGUUUGAAGGAAAUUGCGUCAUUGUCGAAGGUGAAUCGAUUGCCUUACUAGAAGCAUUGAAAGAAAUAGCAGAAAGAGGUAUAUCGAACGUUAUUUUUGAAACGGAUUCGAAGAGUGUAGUGGAUGCAAUUCACAAUAUAAAAAGUGGUAGCUCAGAUUUUAGUUCACUCAUUUGUCAUGUUAAGCAUGUAUUGUUAUCUAAUCCAAACUUUGUGGUAAAGUUUAUUAAGCGACAAGCGAAUAUGGUAGCUCACACGUUAGCUAGGGUAGCCAUAUCUUGGUCUAGUCGCUGUAUUUUUGAGACGUUACCUCUUUGUAUUACUACUUUAUUGAGCAAUGAAAUGAUAUGA